AUGACUUCAACUUCAGUACGUGUCGCCUUAAGAGUAAGACCUCUUAACAGCAAAGAAAUACUACAAAAUUGUAGUGAAUGCAUAUCAUUAAUACCCGACGCACCUCAAAUACUUAUCGGCCAGGAUCGUCCAUUCACAUUCGAUUAUGUGUUUUCUUCUGAUACUCCUCAAGGAGAUGUGUUUCAAGAUUGCGCGCUUCCAUUACUCGAAAAACUUAUGGAAGGAUACAAUGCUACAAUAUUGGCAUAUGGUCAAACUGGUAGUGGAAAAACUUAUAGCAUGGGCACAGCUAUUGAUGGUGCAAACAUUCCUCCUGAUCAUCAAGGUAUAGUUCCUCGUGCAAUCUACCGAUUAUUCGAAGAUUUAGAAAAGAAAAAAAUAAAGCAUCCAUCAUACGAAUACGAAGUAGCGGUAUCUUUCUUAGAAUUAUAUAAUGAAGAUUUGAUCGAUUUAUUAAAUUUACAACGUGAACACAACAAAAAAGGAAAAAGUGAUUUGACCAUCAGAGAAGAUGCUAACGGACAAAUAUAUUGGGCCGAAGAUAAAGAAAAUAAGGAAAACCAAGAUCCUUCCUCAUCAUCAUCUGCUGAUACUUCUGCUGCUGCAAAAAGAAAAUCAAAAUCAAAAGCUUCAACUGCUAAAAUACUUAAGAGAACUAAUGCUGUUGGUGAUCGUGCAAAAGAAGGAAUUUCAAUUAAUGGUGGUUUAUUGGCUCUUGGUAAUGUGAUAUCAGCUCUCGGUGAUGAAUCACGAAAAGUUACUCACAUUCCAUACAGAGAUUCUAAAUUAACGAGAUUAUUACAAGAUUCUUUGGGUGGUAACAGUCAAACUCUUAUGCUUGCAUGUAUAUCACCCGCCGACUCCAAUUUCAUGGAAACUUUAAAUACAUUAAAAUAUGCCAACAGAGCACGUAACAUCAAAAAUAAAGUUAGCGUUAACGAGAAUUUUGGUGGAAAUUCAAUAGAAAUAAAUCAAUUACGUGGUCAAAUAAGUAGAUUAAAGAUGGAAGUUCAAACAUUAAGAUCUUGCGGUGCAAAUGAAGAAAACACCCGCGCAUACGAAGAAGAAAUAAAAAAACUUAAAGGAGACUUGGGUAUGACUAAAAUGAAAUUACAAACCGUUGAACAAGAACUUAUCAUGGCAAACACAGAGAAGAAAACUUUAUUAUUGGAAAUCGGUUAUAAUGAUCGUGAUCUUUCGGAGGCUGAUCGUGAACAUAGAAUGAAAACUCAUCACAUAAUACAAGAAUUCGAGACUCAAAUCUCUAAUUAUAAAAACCAAGUUUGCGACCUUCAAGCAGUUAUUCAACAGCAACAAUCUGCCUCACCUCGUAAAUCUUCCUUGGCUGGCAGCACUCCUGGAAGAGAGAAAGGUCACAUCAAAUUCAUUGAUCAACCAAAUAAUUAUUCUGAUGAUGAAUUAAAAAGUAAUGAUAGCGACAACAACAACAACACUUCUUCAAAGAAAAAGAAAAGCAAGAAGAAACGUUCAAAGAAAGAAGGCGAAUUUAUUAAGCCUCAAGAUUUAGAUGAAGCCAAGAAAUUGUUUGCUCAUUACACCCAAGAAAAUGAAAAUGGUGAAAAUAAUAAUGAUGACGAAAUCGAGAUUGAUCAACAAUUGAUGGAUGAAAAUGGCAUUAUUAAAUUCCCUAGAAGAUUAAGACGUCGUAGUGCAAGAGACACCAUUGAAAAAGCCAAGGAACAAAUUAAACAAGGUCUUAUACUCCUUAAAAACGGUGGUUCAAUGCACGAUGAUCCUGUCUUGAGUCAAUUGAUUAAAGCUCCUUCAACAACUAAAAGUGAGAGUUACUUGGAACAAAUGUUGAUUGCAAAUCAUUUGAGAGACGAAAAAAGACGUUCAAGCAGUGUAUCAUUCAUCAGUUUCUCCGACCAACAAAUCUCACCUAGCUCUACAAAAUCCUCAUCCUCACAAAACAGCACCGGUCAAUCAUCUCAACAAAACGCUAUUACUCUUUCACGUAUGUUGCAUAGAAUCCAAGCAGACAUUGCUGUCAAAGAGCAACUUGUCGCGCAAUUGGAACGCGCCGAACAAGAAUUCACAUUCAUGCGAGCCCAAUAUGAACAACAAUUGGCUCAAAUGCAAGAAAAUUUGAUUAAUAUGCAACGUGAAAGAAAUUCAGCUGUAAAACGUACACAAAAUUCAAGUACUGGCGUAAGCACUCGUGACAAGAGUUCGAUACUUGCUGAACUUAAAGCUCGCUAUGAACAUAAGAUGAAACGUUUGAUUCAAGAAAUUGGUGAUCUUCGCCGUAAAUAUAACGAAGCAACCCAAAAAAGUAAUGUCGAGAAGAAUCAAAACGAAACAAUGCUUAGAAGCAUGAGAUCUCAAGUCGAACAUCUUAAAAAUGAAAAAUUGAGAUUGAUCAAACGUAUGAAGUCUGAGACCGAAAAGAUUCGUGAAAUGACUGAACGUAACGAACGUGAAGUUCAAAGCCUACGUCGUAAAGAAAAGGCUGCACAAGAACAAAGAAAACGACUUGAGAAAUCAAACGAAAUGCAAAAACUUAUGCUUGAAAAACGUCAAAAGGAAGUUUUAUUAACAACUGGUAAACUUAAAUCAGUAAUGACCUUACUCAAACGUACUUCAACACCAAAAUCCAUUGCAAAAGCGUUCCGUAAUACCAAACGUGGUAAAAUAACUAGUGGCAGCGCUGGUAAUAAUGGCAAUGAUGAAGAAGUUAAAGUUAGUAGUGAUACUGCGAGAAGAACUUCGGAUGAUUUGGUUUUAAUUGAAGAAGAAGUAUUUGCAAGUGGUAAAGAGAAGAAGAAACAACUUGAUGAAGCAAUCUACAAGUAUAUUACUGGUCGUCAAUCAUUGGCGUUGAUGGAUGAAUUGAUUCAGAAGCGUGAUGCAUUAGUUGCUGAGAAACAUGUGUUACUUUGUGAACGUGAAAAAACCAUUACUGCUGAGAACUCUGAUAAUAACAGUGAUAAUGGCAAUAACCAAGAUUUGGAUGAUAGGAUUGAAGUGAUAAAUUCGGAAGUUACUUAUAUGAAUGCUAGAAUUCGUGCAUUACAAUCUGAAGCUGCAAGAACUGCAGCAGCAGGAACGGAAAAACAAAGAAGAAGAUCCUCAGUGGAAAAAGUCAAUAAUGAUGAUAAAUCACCAUCAACACCACCACGUAAAAAUAGUGGUAAACCUGAAAAGAAAUUGUCAUUCACAUUGCCUGAGGAUGUUACGCCUGAAGCAUCAUAUGAUAUAGCAGUUGAGAUUUUAAGGAACCUGGAUCCAAUCGAGGCCCAAACAGUAUUAGAAUCAUUCUUUGAAGAUAUUAUUAAAUUACGUAGCGGUGCAUGGUCGAACCAGAUGACACUUGCACAACAAGAAACAACAAUGUUGGAGUUGCGCAAAACAUUAUUGGCUAUGCGUAGAGCAGCGGUUUUGGCAACUGUCGAAUAUGAGAGAAGGAAUAAAGAUCUUGAAGAAAAAUUGAAACGUGGGGGAAGAUCACCAAGUCCAGUAACAGAAGAAAAUAAAGAAUUAAAAAUAAAGACAAUAGAGGAUGAUGCAGUGGAUACAAUUUCAUUGUUUGAUCGUAUCUACGAGACAGCAUUUGCACAAGUUGAGGCAGCUGUUUCGGUUAGCGGCAGUGGAACCCCUAAUACGCCUAAUACUCCUAAUGCGUCACAUUCUAGACGUGGAUCCUCCUAUUUCUUUGAUCAUGACGAUUCAACUGUGAUUGCAUCACCUACUGAGGAGGCACCAAAAAUCAUGACCAGAAAAAAUUCACGUUCACAAUUACCACCAAGCUGGCUAAAGAAUUCUGAGACUGGAAGAAAAUCAUCAAUUGAUUCAACCGGUACUAAAGACAGCAGUAAUGGUAAUAUAAUAGAAACAAGGCAAACCACUGCAACUCCUUCUUCAUUACAAAGAGAGAAUAGUACAAGUAGUCUUUCUGGUAGUAAUAGUAUGAGCAGAAGAAAUUCAAAUGGUAAAAGAUUAAAGAGAUAUACUAAUGAUAGCAAUAAAUCAUCUAAUGAUGAUAUUAGUUUACCACCAAGCACACCAACAACAACUUCAGUAAGUCGACAAAAUAGUUCAACAAGUAUGGGAUUCUAUACUGAAAAUAACAACAACAGUACCACCACUGGGGCUGCUAACGAUAAUAACGAAGAAAAUACACAACAUCGUGAUAGUGGAUAUUUCGGAGGAGUCGUUAUGGAUGUUAAGAGAAGAUCACAAAGCAGUAUGGCAAUGGUACGACGAGGAUCCAAAGAUGUUUCACAUCUUUCUCAAAACUCAUUUGGUAGAAGUUCACCUGAAAGUGAAGAAGUAGCAGGCAUCAUGGCAGGAAAUGGUGAACGUAGAGGAUCAAUAGUACAACAUCAUACACACACAAGAUCAGAAACACCACCAUGUGUUAAUGUAUAUGAUAGAUUAUCAAGAAGUCAUACACAUUCAAGUUCUGCCAAAAACACACCAACAAAAAAAGCAAUGAAGGACUUUAACAAUAGUGAACGAAGAGGCAGUUUUAGUGAACAACGAAGAGAUAGUUUUAGUGAACAACGAAGGGGUAGUUUUAGUAAAUCACAUAUAAAACAAAAUAGUGGAGGAGUUGACAGUGCGUUAGCAGCAUUAGAAGGUAAAAAUAAAUCAACAGCCACAACAACGACUAUCGAUUAA